GUUUAAAGAAAACUCCUAUUUCUCCCUUCGACUGCUUCCCCUCCUUCAUUCAAUAUCUGCACUUGGGGACUGAGAAGAGUGAUUCCCUGACGGAGAGAGCAACUCUUCUCCCCUUGGCAGUCAGCUGCUCCUCGCAGAGCCGGUACAACUCACUCUCUUGAGUUCUCACUGGACGUGCUUGGCAAGAUGGAGCCGCCGACCUCCUCCAGGAUGAAUUCCCGAAAAAGAAGAAAAGAUGGAUCUGGCCCUAAUGGGGCGACAGAGCUGGACGGAAUCCCUCAAAAAAUGUCCCGACGCUCAUUCGGACUGAGGGAACCGGCUCCGUUUUCAGAUGAAGUGGAAAUCGAUUACAGCAAGCCAUACAUCAGAGUAACGUAUGAAGAAGCGAUGAGAGGGACCCCUUUGGAUCGCCCCGUCAGAGUUUAUGCUGAUGGAAUAUUUGAUUUGUUUCACUCUGGACAUGCCCGGGCCUUGAUGCAAGCGAAGAACCUCUUCCCAAACACAUACCUCAUUGUCGGAGUCUGCAGUGAUGAGCUAACCCAUAACUUCAAGGGCUUCACGGUAAUGAAUGAAAAUGAGCGGUAUGACGCUGUGCAGCACUGUCGCUAUGUGGACGAAGUGGUGAGAAAUGCGCCGUGGACGCUCACCCCCGAGUUCCUGGCAGAGCACAGGAUCGACUUUGUUGCACACGAUGACAUCCCCUAUUCUUCUGCUGGCAGCGAUGAUGUUUAUAAGCAUAUAAAAGAAGCAGGCAUGUUUGCACCAACUCAGAGGACUGAGGGGAUCUCAACAUCAGAUAUCAUCACCCGGAUAGUGCGGGACUAUGAUGUUUAUGCCAGACGGAACCUGCAGCGGGGCUACACAGCUAAAGAGCUCAACGUCAGCUUCAUAAACGAGAAGAAAUACCACCUCCAGGAGCGCGUGGAUAAGGUGAAAAAGAGGGUGAAGGAUGUAGAGGAGAAGUCGAAGGAAUUUGUCCAGAAAGUGGAGGAGAAGAGUAUCGACCUCAUUCAGAAGUGGGAGGAGAAGUCCCGGGAGUUCAUCGGCAAUUUCCUGGAGAUGUUUGGCCCAGAAGGCGCGUUGAAACACAUGCUGAAGGAGGGCAAGGGCCGGAUGCUGCAGGCCAUCAGCCCAAAGCAGAGUCCCAGCAGCAGCCCCACGCACGACCGCUCUCCAUCUCCCUCCUUCCGCUGGCCCUUUUCAACCAAGACUCCUCCUUCCUCACCGGUCAACCGCUCCAGGAACGAGUCUGCAGUCACCUAUGACAUCAGUGAAGAUGAAGAGGAUUAAGCUACCAACCGGGAUUUGCUGCGAACCACUAAUCGCCAAAUCCUAAGUCCGGACCCACUGGGGAACUCUAAAUGAGCAGGAGAGCCAUAGGAACAGGGCUGACGGUGAGCACAGGGCCUUGGAGGCACCCGUUGCUCUUAGCAAGGGCUGCUGCCUGGAAGCACAUUCAAACCUCCUCUCCCUUCUCCUCCGCAAAUCCCCUUUUUAUUGUUUACGUUCUAGUGGUUUCCAGGGGGAAGAUGGGUUUUAUAUUUUAAGAAAAUACUCUUUUAAAGCGCAAAGAAUAGCACUCAAGCGUGGCUUUUGUUUUGGUUUCUUUUCCCUUGUUAAACUCCCGGGCAAGAGGGAGAGUGGGAAGACCCAUCUGUCUCUUCCUUCCUUCAGCUCCUCUGUCUUAUUCCCCCCACCCCCAGGCAAUAUCUGUGCCGCUGCCAAAUGAAAGGCCCCUCGGUUCCUCAACCAGCGUGACCUUGAGAGCACGCAGGAAGCGGUGGUGUAAAGAGGCUUCUAGGACUUAGAGACAUCUCUGCUGCGCUGGAGCCGAUAGGAAUCUAUCCAGCAGACCCUGUAGUGCUUGCACGCCUCUUAGCUGAGCUUCCCAGCGUGUCACAGUGAGGACGUGCUGGGUAGGGGCUACCGGCUUAGCAGGCAGGAAUUACACCCUGGAAGAACUCGCAGCACCAUAGAGUCGCACACCCCGUAAGCGCGCAGCAUUCACAGCUCCAAAUUGUAUGGGGGCUGCAGGGGAAAGGCCCUUCCAGCUAAUCUUAACAAGACUGCUAAAUCUUGAGCUAAAAUUCAGCCCUCGGUUGCUGUUGGAGAGAAGAGAAUGAAUCUUUGCUUCGGGGCACUUGCUGUCUGUGUGUUUCCUUGGGUGUGUGAGAGCCCAGGUAGGAAACGAAUGUGUGUACUCCUUUGAGAAGUUCCUUGUCCCAGUCUCUGGUGUGUAAUAAGUUUUACUGUCUGUCCAAAUGGCCCCUCAACACUGUGCUCUGUGCGUGUUUGUCUGUGUUUCAGUUCCUGUGCUCUAAGGGCUGGAGCAGUCCUUUACACUGGUGCCAUGAAGUCGCUGCUAUAAGGACAAAACAUGAUUUCGUACAGCCAGUUUGCUGUCCGUGUUGGUGUGUGCAGCUGGACUGAUGAAGGGCACGUUUUACCCCAGUGAAGGGUCCUGGUCCCGUGUGACAGUUACCUGGCUUGCGCAAUAA